AUGUUGUCAAAAUCAUCACAUUAGAUUAUAAAUGGUGUAUCAAUAACAUUAGAAGCUUCAUUUGGAUGCUUGUAAAAUCCAAUAAGAAAGAACUGUAAGUUUGUGAAUGAUGACACUCUCAUGUUUAUAAGCGGCAAACAUAUAGUGCUCUAUGACAUUAUUAGAAAGAGAUAGACAUACAUAAUGAAGAGUGCUGAAGAUGAAGUAGUCUAAGUAUUGAGUUUUCAUGUGUAGCUUUCAAAUCAACAAGCAAGAUACUUCCUACUGUCAAGGUUUACAAUAGAAAAAAGAAGCGUUUCUACUAAUGUGUUCACUCUCAUUUAUUACCUAAUAGUAAUAUUCAUGAAAUUCUAUUCAUUAAUGAUGGAAAGGCAUUAUAACAAUCAAGGAAAUCAUUUUUCCAUUCUAAAAUUUCGAAUAAUCAAUAAUAAAUUAUUUACUUUAUGA